AUGAUAGGUCACUAUGCCAAUGAGUGCUCAAGUGCUGAGAAGAAGUGUUACAAGUGUGGGAAGACAUGGAACUUCAUUACUGAUUGUAAGGAUAAUGGUGUGACUUGCUACAAUUAUGGUGAGCAAGGCCAUAUUAGUACUAAUUUCCAGAAGCCAAAUAAGGCUCCAUCUGAAGGAUUUUUUUUUCAUUUUUCAGGGACAGAGACUACUAGUGCUGACAGGUUGAUUCGAGGUACGUGUUUUAUCAAUAGUACCCCUCUGAUUGCUAUUAUUGACACGGGUGCAACACAUUCUUUUAUUUCGCUUAAUUGUGCUAAGAGAUUGGAUUUAAAUUUAUCUUCUAUGGUAGGAAGUAUAGUUAUUGAUACCCUAACCAGUGGUUCAGUAACUACUUCAUUGGUGUGUUUAAAGUGUCCUCUGACUAUUUAUGGUAAGAAUUUUGCGAUAGAUUUAGUCUGUCUACAGUUGAGUAAUCUUGAUGUUAUCCUUGGAAUGAACUGGUUGGAUUUCAACCGUGUUUAUCAACUACUUUUACAAUAUCGUUAUAUUUCUAGAGAUGGGAGGAUAUGGGGAAUUAAUGUUUAUAUCUGCUAA